AUGAAUAUAAAAAAACUGUUUUACAAAUAUCUUAGUUUUCAUAGUUUUUUAAUUAAUAAAAAUAAUUAUAAUAACACCAAGUUAAAUAAUUUAUUUAGAGGUAAGAAUAUAAUGAGUCAUAUAAAACCGAACUAUUUUAUAUGUAUCCCUCUAAAUGAUAAAAAAGUAAUAUUAAAUGAAUUGUUGAACAUACAAAAAUUUGUUGUUUCAAAAUGUGAUAUAUUAAAUGAAUGUAUAAUCGAAAAAGAAAAAUUCCAUAUUUCUUUGUUAAUUUUAUAUGUUAAAAAUAAGACACAAAUAGAUUUAUCAAAAGAAGCCUUUAACGAAGCUAUAACUGAAAUUAAAAAAAUUAAUAAAAAAAAUUUAUAUUUCAAAAAUUUGGAUACAUUUCACAAUGAUGUUUUAUAUUUAAGCUUAAAGGAAGAAAGUAAUGAUUACAUCAUUUUGUUAGCAAAUAUUUUUAGAAAAUCUUUUGAAAAAAGGAACAUAAAAAUAGUCUAUAAUAGUAGAAAACAUGUGAAUAGUCAGAAAAGGGAACAGAAUGAUGAUGAUAAAAAUGGUGAAACAUAUGAUUGCAAAAAUAAAAUAACUCCUCAUUUAACUUUAAUGAAAAACUCACAUUUGAGUAGGAUUUACAUGAACAGAAAGCCAAAAAUAUUUCCAGAUUAUUACUCGGAUUUCAAUUUAACAAAAUUAUUGACUGAACAUAUAACCCCGAAUAAAAUACAACUUCUCGAAAUGGAUGUUGAUUCAACAACAUCUUAUUAUAAAAUAGUAUCUGAAUUUUCAUUUUCUUAG